GCAGUAACAUGUCUUGGCAGUGCAUGCAGAUGAUUGCUGUUACCUUCAUCGCACUGUCAUCUAUCGGAGCUGCCAUGUCGGCUAAUAAAACUCAACUUUUCGUCGGCGUCCUUUUACCGUCGGAAGUCAACGAAUAUUUCUAUUCGAAUCUUUCCGUUCCAGCUGUCGAAAUGGCGACAGAUCACAUCAAUGAGGACAAAGACCUUCUGCCCAAUCAUGAAAUCGUUCUUUCAGUGAACGAUUCUCGAUGUGAUAUCGGUUUAGCAAGUUAUCAGAUGCACAGGCUCUUGACCGAAAACACGACAAAAAUUGCACUGUUGGCCGCCGGCUGUUCUCUUGUCACUCAGCCGAUAGCGCAUACAUCACAGUACUGGAAUGUCCCACAGUUAAAUUUUCUUUCAUCGUCACCUGCAUUGGAGAACAGAAAUGUGUACAGACAUUAUUAUCACCUUCUGCCAUCUGAAAAUGGACUGAAUCCUGGUCGAGCUGGACUGAUGAAGGAGCUUGGUUGGAAAAAGUCUAUCGUGCUGGUACAGCCAUCAGACAUCUUUGAUUUGAAUUCUAGAGAUCUUGUAAUUGAGAUGAAAGCAUACGGACUAAGCAGACCAGAAGUGCUACUUGUACCAGAUAAUACUGACUUUACAGAUAUAAUAGAACGAAUCAAGGAGCUGGAUGUUCGUAUUUUAAUAGGACUGCUUUAUGUGGAGAAAGCUCGUCAAAUCAUUUGUAAUUUUUGGAAUAGUGGUAUUGGAGCACCCACGUAUGUGUGGAUGUUACCUGGCUGGUACCAUGAUCGAGAUUGGUUUCUUCAAGCACACAACACCAAUUGUACUGAAAGCGAAAUGAUUGAAGCUGUAAACGGACAUUUUGAGUUUGACUUUGCUCAAAUAAGAUUAGACUAUGAGAACAAAAUCCUACUAACAAAUAAAACUGUGGCUGAUGUGGCUGCUGAAUUUCGACACCGUAUAAGUAUGCCAGCGAAUAUGCCAGUGAACAAGACAUUUAAGAGCUACAGUGCUUACGGAUAUGAUGCUAUGCUGUCCAUUGGUUUGUUGUUGGACAAAAUAGUAAGAAAUUACUCAGAGCAGGGAAUGUUGGACCGAAUCAAUGAUUUUAAUUAUGGUUACGAUGAUAUCGUGAAGCUGUCAAAUGAUUUCCUUUCAAGAAAAGACUUUCAGUUUGAGGGAUUGACUGGAGUUGUUCGAUUUUACAAUCUUCUAAGCGAAGAUCACGAAAAGAGAGAAGCUGAAGGCCACAUUUCUAUUAAUUAUGUUGAAGCAUCACCUAAUGGACGUACAACUCACUUUGUUGCGCAGUAUGACAACACGCAACGCAAAAUGACAUGGCUGAUGCCAAUUCCGUGGACUACAAAUGGAGGUGUUCAACCUGUUGAUUCUCGACCGAAGACAUUGGUGUACUCUAACCAAGGAGUUUUUGUAGCCAUUGUCGUUCUGACAGCCAUUGGAAUUACUUUAUUAGUCGGUCUACUUUUUUUCAACAUUAUUUGGAGACACCAUUGGGUGUUGAAGAAUGCAAUGAGAUUGGACGAUCUGGUUGUGCUUGCCGCCUUUGCCUCUUACACGAGCAUAAUUGUGUAUGGAUUCGACGGACAGUUUUAUACGUUCAGUGAUUCGUCGAUUGUUUGUUGCUAUUUGCGUUCAAUAUUUCUAUCUCUGAGCUGUACACUAUUUCUUGGAAGUUUACUGACAAGAACGAGUGCUAAAGCGUUGCAACGGUUUGUGGCAAGACAAUUCGAACAGUUACUUGUUCUGUGUUCGACCUUGACGUUUGGUUUGUUGUUAACAAUCGAUAUUUUGCUGUUGAUCUUGUGGUCAGCUAUUGAUCCUUGGAAGAAAGAGAUUUCAGUCUUGGAGGAUGACGGUAGAGCGAUAUACAUUCGUGAAAAAUGCUCCAGUGCUAAUACAUGGGCUUAUGCGUUUCUUUUCUAUAAGUUGAUUGUGGUGGUAGUGUGUGCAAUUGCGAUUGUUAUUCGUAUCAAAGUGGUGGGCAAGAAAUCGUCUGUUGGAUCUCCUUAUAUUGACUUGCUGAUGUGCUUCUUGACAUUUGGAUUGUGUUUGACUAUUUUUGCAUUUACAUUCAUUACUGAUCCCGGUGAACAGUAUGGACUUGUGUCAGUUGGUCUUCUUCUUCUGGUUACUGUACUUAUGUGUUUGUGGUUUAUCCCCAAAGUUCAUGCUAUUUUGACAGGAAAAAAGGAGGACACAGCAAAUGUGAAUAAGGACCAACAUGAUCCUGUUGUCUUGACAGAAGUAGAGAGAACUGAGUUGAGAGAACUGAGGUUGAGAAACACAGAACAAAGAGAUCUUUUGAAAAGUGUUAUCCUUGAGCUUCCUCAAAGUCCCACUGGACAACUCGCUGACAGUGUUCGUUCUAUCAUGGGAUACGUGCCUGGACAAAUGUUAUCGUAAGAAAUCUGUAUGGUCUGGAUAGUAGUGAAGGCAAUUGUCUGUUCUCCUGUAAUCAGCUACGAUUGUUAUAAUAAUCACAAGGACAGACAUGUUUCUGACAUUCUUGUAACUGCAGUUGUUUUUAGUAUGUUAUGUGUUGCAACUAAGAUUAUUGAAACUGUCAUAGU